AUGGCAAAAUGUCAACGUUCACUCCUGCCCACCGAGAUUUGGGCCGAAAUCUUUGAUCAACUUCUGCAUCAUCCAGUACUAUUCAAUCCGGACCCAUUGUCGGCAACCGGUAAUCCACAUACAUCUCUAAGGCAGUGGUAUAACUAUCCGCUACUUGAAUCCAUUGAGAGGCAGCGGAGGGUUCUGCGUCUCGUGUCAUCGUCAUGGAAAGCCCUGGCAGACAAAAGCCCAUUUCAAUAUCUAGAUACACGACAAUCCCUGGAGACAGAGCUGAGGAUGGUCAGGAGAGUGCGUUUGGGCAUAAAGCGAGAUGCGCCAUGGGACCUCCGAACGCUCGACGAUUACGAAGCGUGGAUGGAAAUGUCAGACGAAGAACCACCCACGGAGCGACUUUUCCCCAUUGUCGAGUCCUUUGUUCAUACCGGAAAAGCCCGCAACGUUGCAAUCAUCACCCUGACUGGCCAACGAUGCCUCACCGCGCUCAUAGAGGAGGCACUCACGGGGAUGCUACCUGCUGUAAAGGCUAUCAGCGUCGAAGGAUAUGUAUACCCUCCGCUCAAUCUUGUCAGAGCUUUCCCAAACCUCACCUUCUUGGGCAUGCAAGUAGGCGUGGGCCCACCUUCGGGACCCAUGUAUCUCGAAAACGAGAGCGUAUUUCCGGAUCUGAAGAUACUUCAGUUGGCAUUUGAAGACGAUGCCUCAAACAUCGCGCUCUUCCAACACUGGCAAUUGCCCAAGCUGGAGCACCUCGAAAUAACAGUAGGAUGUACAGAUAUAGAAGCCGCGACAGACAGUAUUCAAUACCUGCAUGGAUUUCUCAAGCGUGUUGGACCCACGCUUACAGGCCUGAAGAUUUACUUCUCAGGCGAGUGGAUCACACUGCCCUCUGAUCUCUGGGACAUAGUUCCACGAAUUGUUUACCUAGGCGUGAGUACCCUCUCGCCGGGCUACCAUUGUUCUCCACCUCCCCAAGCUCAUCCCCUCCGCACGCUCGCGAAUGUAGAGCUUGAGACAGGUACAGCUUCAGGUGUGCUGUACCGACAUAUAGAAGGCUGGACAGGACUUACAACUGUCAUCGACUCCCAUAUAUGGGAGAAUAUACCUCCAUGGACGAGAGGACCAUCGCAACCGGCCUUCAUCCACAGACACUGCGGUGCCGACACUUUGUGUCGAGAAUGCAUCAUCGACAUGCACAUCCUGUGCACCGCACGUGGUUGGCGUUAUGAGGACAAGUUGGGACGGACCUGGAAGGAGUAUUGUGAGCGCGUUGAAAUGGCGGCACAGAAGUUCGAUGUUCAAGUAGGAUAG